AUGUAAUUUUUUGAUCUAUUCAAAAGUCAAGAUCAAACUUUGGAAAAUUUACCAUCUUUAUCAUUACAAAAUUAUGUUUAAAAAUCCUUUUUUUCGAAAGAAAAAAGCAGCAAAAGUGAUAUUUAGAAUAAUUAAAAUAAUAGCUUAUCUUCAUUCAAAAAAAAUGAUGCAUAUAGAUGUUAAACUCACAAAUUUUAUCUACAUGAUAGUCUCUGUUUAACUGAUUUGAAAUUAGCUGAGUUAUAUGAUGAAAAUGGAGAUUAUUAUUUUAUAAGAUGUGGAACUGUUGGAUAUGUUGCUCCUUAAAUUUUAGCUGAUUAGAAGUAUGAUCGACAAUUAGAUGUUUAUAGUGUAGAAAUUCUCUUAUAUAUUUUAUUUACUGGAAAAGAACCUUUUGAAGGAAAUUAUCAUAAAAAGGUUAUUCAAAAUUUAAUAGGUGUUUUUGAUCAUCAGAAUCUCUAAAUGAGUAAUUUGGCAUUAGAUUUACUAAAGGGUCUCUCAAAUUAGAUCGUUAAAAAAGACUUUCUUCUCAUUAAGUCUUAAAUCAUAAAUGGUUUUUGAGAGAUUAAUUAAUUAGGACAUUAAAAUAAUAAAUGAAAUAUAAAUUCUAAAACCAUAUAAAGUCAAAGCAUCUUUAAAAAAAUCACUCAUAGUCUUAGCAACUAAUUCAAUUCCUCAAUUAUAAUGUCCAUUAAGUUUUAGACUUAAAACAUUACCAAAUCCAUAACAAUUUGAAAGAGUUUACUUGCCAAAAAUUAAAAGAAGAACANUCAAAAAACUUAACAAAAUUUAAUUUGGAGAAUAAUAUAAAGGAAAAAAUUUAUAAGAUAAUUUAGAUUUAUCAAAAUAUUCUUAAAAUCAUCUAUCUAUGAUGAUAAUGUAGAUAAAAAAAUUUUAAAGAAAUUUCAGUAACUGAUUAUAAAUUGAUUUAACAAUGUAAUUUUUUGAUCUAUUCAAAAGUCAAGAUCAAACUUUGGAAAAUUUACCAUCUUUAUCAUUACAAAAUUAUGUUUAAAAAUCCUUUUUUUCGAAAGAAAAAAGCAGCAAAAGUGAUAUUUAGAAUAAUUAAAAUAAUAGCUUAUCUUCAUUCAAAAAAAAUGAUGCAUAUAGAUGUUAAACUCACAAAUUUUAUCUACAUGAUAGUCUCUGUUUAACUGAUUUGAAAUUAGCUGAGUUAUAUGAUGAAAAUGGAGAUUAUUAUUUUAUAAGAUGUGGAACUGUUGGAUAUGUUGCUCCUUAAAUUUUAGCUGAUUAGAAGUAUGAUCGACAAUUAGAUGUUUAUAGUGUAGAAAUUCUCUUAUAUAUUUUAUUUACUGGAAAAGAACCUUUUGAAGGAAAUUAUCAUAAAAAGGUUAUUCAAAAUUUAAUAGGUGUUUUUGAUCAUCAGAAUCUCUAAAUGAGUAAUUUGGCAUUAGAUUUACUAAAGGGUCUCUCAAAUUAGAUCGUUAAAAAAGACUUUCUUCUCAUUAAGUCUUAAAUCAUAAAUGGUUUUUGA